CCGCCUCCCGCCCCGGCUCCAUCUUGGCAGCCCCGGAGUCUCCCGGGGCCCCCCCGGCGCGCGUCGGGCCAUGGAGGAGCAGGGGCGGCUGCUGCCCCCCCCCGGCCGGCCCGAGCCCGGCGAGCCCCGGCGCCAGGAGCUCGGCGAGAUCCUGCAGCAGAUCGUGGGCAUCGCGGAGCAGAGCCUGGACGAGGCGCAGGCCAAGAAACACGCCCUGAACUGCCAGCGCAUGAAGCCGGCCCUGUACUCCGUCCUGUGCGAGAUCAAGGAGAAAACAGGGCUCAGCGUCCGGAGCAGCCAGGAGGAGGAGCCGGUGGACCCGCAGCUGAUGCGCCUGGACAACAUGCUGCUGGCCGAGGGGGUGGCCGGGCCCGAGAAGGGAGGCGGCCUGGUGGCGGCGGCGGCGGUGGUGGCGGCCUCGGGGGGCGUCUCCCCCGAUAGCUCCAUCGAGCACUCGGAUUAUCGCCACAAGCUGGCGCAGAUCCGCCAGAUCUACCACGCCGAGCUGGAGAAAUACGAGCAGGCGUGUAACGAGUUCACGACCCACGUGAUGAACCUGCUGCGGGAGCAGAGCCGCACGCGCCCGGUGGCGCCCCGGGAGAUCGAGCGGAUGGUUGGGAUCAUUCACCGCAAGUUCAGCUCCAUCCAGAUACAGCUGAAACAGAGCACGUGCGAGGCCGUCAUGAUCCUGCGCUCCCGCUUCCUGGACGCCAGGCGGAAGCGCCGGAACUUCAGCAAGCAGGCGAGCGAGCUGCUGAACGAGUAUUUCUACUCCCACCUGAGCAACCCCUACCCCAGCGAGCGGGCCAAGGAGCAGCUGGCCAAGCAGGGCGGGAUCAGCGUCUGCCAGGUGUGUGUGCGGGGGGGGGUCACCGUCUGCCAGGUGUGUGUGCGGGGGGGUCACCGUCUGCCAGGUGUGUGUGUGCGGGGGGGUCACCGUCUGCCAGGUGUGUGUGUGUGCGGGGGGGUCACCGUCUGCCAGGUCUCCAACUGGUUUGGCAACAAGCGCAUUCGCUACAAGAAGAACGUUGGUAAGUUCCAGGAGGAGGCGAAUAUUUACACCGUGAAAACCGCCAUGAGCGUCACCCACGGGACCCAGAGCGGGGGCGACUCCCCGCCCACCCCCUCCUCCGCAGGGUCCGGCGGCUCCUUCAACCUCUCCAGCUCCAGUGACAUGUUCCUGGGGCUACCGGGACUCAACGGGGACACGUACCCCCCCUCCCAGGUGGAGUCUCUGCGUCACUCCAUGAGCCAGGGGCCGUAUGGGGAGGGCCUGGCGUCCGGCCAGCUGUACAGCCCCCGUGACGUGAGGGCUAACGGCGGGUGGCAGGAAGCCGCUACCCCCUCCUCGGUGACGUCCCCCACAGAAGGACCCGGCAGUGUCCACUCUGACACCUCCAACUGAUCCCGCCCCCCGGCCGAGCCCCAGUCCCAUGGGGGGCGGGGGGCUGGCGUCUCGCCGUGGGAAACAAGCCAAAGUGGUGCCCAUGGGGACCCCUCGCUGGCGUCGCUUUGUGGGCUGAAUCCAGGCUCCCUGGGCAUUUUGGUAUUGAAUGAGCAACACCGACCCCCCCAUGUGGGGCCAAGACCCCCCCAAGAUUUCUCACUCUUCAGGGUGUUCCCUUCUCGCCCCGUGCGCCGGCCUCGCCGUUUUCACUCCCGUUUCGGCCAGGUUCUCCCCGCUUUCUCAGCUCCCUGGCGCGGCCCGUGUGCAGCCGUCUCUCGCUAGCCCCCCCCCCACCUGCUCUGGCCGGCUGCCAACUGUGCCCCCCCAAGCCCCUGAGCACGUGGGGCUGCAGGGCAGGAUGUUUGGGGGAGCAGAGCCUCAGCAACCUGCCCACCGCGGGAAAUGGGGGAGUGGGGGAAGGAAAGACAGGAUGGGGAGGGGGGCUGCCCCGCGGAGCCGGGCCGGCGGGAGAAGAGGAGCAGCGCAGACGGCGUCAGACCGACCGGUUGAACUCUAGCCAUUGCAGGCCGGUGACGGGCGCAGGGCCGGCCCGCGCGAGCCAGGCGCCAGUGCCGGGCCGAAGCCCCAAGGAGCAGGAAGGGGACUGGGAUUCGCCCGGCACCGCCGGCCCCUGUUCAUUUACCUCAGUGCGACACCAAUAGAGACUCGGACUCUGAGCCGGAGACCAUGGGAUCUUCUACCUCUGACCCCCAGCCCCACAGCAAGGUGGAGGGUGCUGGGCCCCCACUCCUUCCCCCGCCCCUGUCCAGGGUCUGCAGCUACAGUGUGUGUCUGCCAGGGGGGAGGCUGGAGAGGGGGAUAGUUGAGGGAAGGGGGCUGGAGGGGAGGAGGGGGUUCUUGGCUAAGGGGGCAGGACUGGAUGGGGGCUGUGGGGCGAGUUCAGUGAUUGGGGGGCUCAUCACACCUGACGUGUCUCCCGCAGUGCGGGGAGGGGGAACGUUUAGAAUGUAAAAAAAAAAAAAACUUUUUUGUCAUUUUUCUUAAUGUUUUUCUGGGGGUCCCCCUGUGGCUCUUGGCGGGGGGGUGGUCCCUGGCUUCUCCCCAGGAGUUACUGUGG